GAGUAGCGUCAACAUUACGUCGCUGCAGAUGUAACGAAAUUUUAGUGUAUUGUACUCAAAACAAAUAUAUUUUACCUUUCAAAAUGGCUUGCAAAAAACCGUUAGGGCCCGGUCCGGGCGCAUACAAACUGCCAACAACAGUGGGGUUCCCAUCACAUGACCCGUCUCGCUACCGAAACCCAAUGUUCUCUUUCGGGACCAACGCUGGCUUCAGGAUUAAGCAGCUCGGUCCUGGACCGGCUUAUCGGAUCGACCGGAUCACUCGAGAGGGUCUCAUAUCAUCACCGGCUUGGAGUUUUGGAGCACGGUUUCCCACCCGCGCGACACUGCGAACCCCCGGACCUGGCGCGCACGCUCCAGAGCGCUGUCCGCCGACACGCGAGCCGCGUGCGCCGCAAUACUCGAUGGGCGCCCGUCUCGGCUUUGCACUCAAGCGGCCUGGCCCUGCGUCUAACGCUUACGCCUUGCGGCUCGGCCCCGGCACCCCGGCAUAUACUAUGGGGGCCCGUGUUGGUUUCAAUCUUAAGGCCAAGUCUCCAGGACCAGCUGUAUAUUUCCAGAGAGACGCUGAUGUGUAUAAAACAAGAUCCCCGCGCUACACGCUGGGAGCUCGGGCAGAGGGAGCGGGGCGCGCCACACGCACUCCCGGCCCCGCCGCCUACCCGCCUAACCUCUACAACACCAAGAAGAACCCUUACUCAUACUCGUUCGGCACGAAGCACGGCGACUACGCGCCACCCAUGAUUAUUAAGGAGGACACUAUGGACUGUCUGUGAUACCAAAAUGUGCAGAUGUAUGAGGUUGGAGUUGACUCGGAACAAUGCCUGUUAUAUGUUGGAUGAAACAACAGCAACUUAGUAGGUUCCUUCAGAUUGUCUACUUCUAAGUAAUUGUUUUGUAACUUUUGUGUAAAAUACAUAUUUUUUUUUUAAAUAUUAAUCAUUGUAAGUAUUAAAUGAACAUGUCAUUUUUGUUAAGAAGAAAAAUUCAGUAAUGUUAAUAUUUCAAAAGAAAACUUUCCGAAAUCUGCGUUUUUGUAUCUCGGUGGAGUAAAUAUGUUUUAAAAAAAAAAUGAAAAAUACAGUUUAAUGU